AUGCUGCACCGCUCGGGCUCCCUCGCUGGUGGCACCGCCGGACUGCAUCACCUUCUGAAGCUCUGUGUUGAACAUGGACUGCACCGCGUCGAGACGCAGGCGGACGAGUUCCUCCGUGGAGUCUCGCGCGGCUUCCCGUGCGACAGUACGCAUGCGCUCCAUCUCUGUAUCAAUCUUCACAUUCACCAUCUCGCGGAGAACGCCAUCGAAACGAGUCUGGCGAUCCUCCAUGAGACGUCGUUGCCGCGUCAGGGUAGAUUCCAACUCCUCCACGCGUCUGUAGAGUUCCGGGGUAACGGCUGCUGCUGUUGUUGCUGUCACUGUGGGAAAGCCGCGGCCAUCAAGCCCUCCAUCAGCAUACCCAGGCGACGCGAACACAGUAGGCAGCGCCACACGCUUCUCUAG